AUGGAGAACACCACAAACAGUAUAUCAUACAACUUUACCAUGGAGACCACGGGCACCCAACUUCUCGUUGUUAGGUCUCUCUCAGUUGCCAUAGCAACGUUGGGAACCAUUUGCAACACCAUCAUGAUCUCUGCUAUAAUAUACGGCAAACUGUACAGAUAUUCUAUUUAUGUGAAAAUUCUAAACCUACUUGUUUGUAACCUCAUCCACUGUGCCAUCUUUCUACCACUGAUCGCUGUGCAAGCAUUUACAGGACUAUGGACGAAUCAAAGUGUCGUCUGCAACUUAAUUUCUUACGGACUUUUCUGCAAUCUUGGAACGGAGUUAUUUGGGUACGUCUGCAUUUCACUGAACAGAUAUUUCUGCAUUUUAAAUCAGAACUUUUACAUUAAACUGUAUGGAAGCACCCGUCUGCUUGUGAUAGAAUGGAUUAUAUCGUGGUCAAUCUAUCCAGUGAUACUCGCCUUCCCGCUAUUUGGAAUAUUCAGUCAUUACGAAUACGUUCCACAGAAACUCGUCUGCCACCCUUUUCUUGGAAAAGACUGUACAGGAUAUUGUCUGUUUGUAUUCCUUUUCGCUAUCUUAUCAACAGUUCCAGUCAUCGGAUUUUGUUAUUUUCGAAUAAUCAUAGUGUACGUGAAACUACAACUGAAAAUUUCUGCGAGUCGUGAUUCUUCUAAAAAUAGUUCCCAGAAUUCCUUUGACAAGUCAAGUAAACAUGGAAGCAAACAUAUGACCCUCCGGAAAAAAUCUGAACUGAAGAUGGCAUUCACAAUAUUGGCGAUAAUUCUAUUCUUUGGCACAUGUCGUCUGCCAUUUAUUGGCUUAUACAUGUACGACCCGUCCAUGUUAAAAGUAGAUCCACUGAUUCAUACGCUGGUGAUAUACAUUGGAUCUAACCUUAACUGGAUAAAUCCUAUCAUAUAUGCUCUUACAAAUACACAAAUCAGGAAUUCUUUACAAAGAAUGGUGUCGUCAUGGAAACAUACUGUCUGCAAAUAAUCUCUUAAAUACAUUUAUACAAUUUUUUGUCCAAAAUAGCUGAGUACAUUAAAAGCUCUGCUGAAUAACUGACAGACAGCUGCAGAAGUCUAAGUAUUUUUUUGAAAACUUAAGUUUAUUUCUUUGAUUCAAAACUUGAAAAAAAAAAUCACUAUGUUGUUACCCAGCAGGAGUUGCCAGUAAAUGUAUCAAUCAAACAGUAUUUUUUCUAAAACAAGCUCAAA